CGGGUUUUGGAUUCGCGCGCCGGCCCUGGCUAAUCUGGGUGUGGGCGGCUUUUGGAGAAAGCCGGAAGCAGCGACAGCCCCAGCUCCAGAGACAUGGCGGGCGUUAAAGCUCUCGUGGCACUGUCCUUCAGCGGGGCAAUUGGGUUGACUUUUCUUAUGCUGGGAUGUGCCUUGGAGGACUAUGGCGUUUACUGGCCCCUGUUCGUCUUGAUUUUCUACGUCAUCUCCCCCAUCCCCUACUUCAUUGCCAAAAGGGUCACAUAUGACUCGGACGCGACCAGCAGUGCCUGUCGGGAACUGGCGUAUUUCUUCACCACUGGGAUUGUUGUUUCUGCCUUUGGAUUUCCUGUUAUUCUUGCUCGCGUGGCUGUGAUCAAAUGGGGAGCCUGUGGUCUUGUGUUGGCUGGCAAUGCUGUCAUUUUCCUCACAAUCCAAGGCUUCUUCCUCGUCUUUGGAAGAGGAGAUGAUUUCAGUUGGGAACAGUGGUAGCACCUCCUUCUCAUGGAAAUCAUUGAGUCUUAGAAUUUGUAUUGUACGUAUAUAUGUGCACAUGUUGUGUUUUCUUAGAGAUUUGAAUAUGCUGAGUUUUUUUUAUACCUUUAUAUCAUGAUCAUCUUAGGGAAGAUGUUGUAAACAAAAGAUAAGUUUUACUCCUGGCAAACAGUCACUCCAUUGACUCAGAGUGAAUUAUUUUUAUCUUUUGGUUCCCAGAAGACCUGUUACCAUGGUCUUGUAGACAGCCGCUCACUUAACCAGGGGCUCUAAACCUUUUGCUUUGGGAUACGAUUGUGUAAUCAGAAACACUGGGGCAGAUCUUUUACAGCCCAAACAUAGGUGGCACUCUCCCUAAACACUGUAGACUCAUCUCAGAGGGAGUCUCAUCCACACAAAGCAUCAGCAUCUGCUAGGGGCCUGCUGGGGAUGCAGGAUCAGAAGCUCCCAUCAGACUGGGUACCUUUGAUGAGAUUGCACACUUGACACAUGCAAAUUGAUGUGUGAGAAGAUUUGUUGUAGAGGAAUAAACACCAUAGCUCCCUUGUCUUCUCUGUGCACAGCCACUUGUCCUCUCUGGGUGUUGCAUGCUCAUUUGCAGAAAAAAAUAAUCACCUGCCCCAUGUUGUGAAUGAGUUCAGACUUCAGGUGUUUCUAACAUGUUUAAGUCUAUAAUAUUUAUGUUGUUCCUCAAAUUUAGGGGACCUGUUCUUAGGAAGGAACAGAUAAGAUCAUCUAAAAGGCAAUGACUGAUUGCUCAGAAUAAGAUACAAAAUAACCAAAAAGCCCCUCUGUGUUGCAGGGAGGGAAACUGGGCUGGAAAUGGUCCCUGCUUUAAGUGGAGGGCAGGUUAGACAAUUCUUGGAAAUGUUCCUUCAAGAUCUUGUGCUUCCCUGUCCCUCUACAGUGCCUCCCAUCCCCCACUCGACAUUCCCUUGCCUUUUGCUCUUGAUGGUGGGUCUCCUGAAGGGUGAGUCGAGAGCAAGCAGAGAGGAGGGAGUCAUUGGAGUCACAUGGUGGUGCACUUUUUGUCCUUUGUAUUGAACUUGAUGUCACCCCCACAGGAAACACAGAGAUCCACAUCAUGUUGGUUCUUAUAAACAGUUUUUCUAGCUUUUUUAUCUGGAACCUAUCAGGAGGAGGAAGUGAGAACUACAGCCACCCAAUCAGGAUGCCAUCAGCUGUGUUUAAGUGUUGAUGCUGCUAGCUAAUGAAUGUUCAGAGCACUCUCCUUUGAGGCUUGUGGUCCGAGGAAUCGGCACUCCUGGCCGGGGCUGGUGUGACGGCGGGACCAGCAGAUGAACAGACAGAGGACAGUGUGCAAUGUUACUUUUGGCCUUGUGCAUGACAUUAUGUUUUUAAUAUUUUGUGUUCAUAUAGAAUUGUUAGAGUUGUCAUUUCUAGUAUUUACAUUAGAAAAAUUAUUUAGAUACUUAAUCAUUUAACUGGCAUUUUUAAUCAUGACACUUGCUAUUGUAAUAAAUUUGACUUUUAACACUGAA